UAAGUGUGGAUUUUUGAAAAGUUUUACCAUUUAGAGACUUGAUCUGAAAGUUGAAGGUAGAGCCGCCGGAGAGCGACUGCUGGCCAACUGACGCAGAAGCAAAAGCAGCCACCAACUCCAAGAUAAAGAAAGGGAUCUCAGACGCGGCGGAGAUGAGCGAAGAACCUCCAAAACUCUACGCCAAUAAACCCAAGAAAGCCCAGGUUAAGCAAUUUCAAGAUCAGCACAAGGUCAAGGACGCUUCUUCUUCUUCUUCUUCACCGGCACCACCACCACCGUCGGCUGCCGCACCGUCUAAUAUGGGGUCUUCGAGUUCGUCGCCACCGCCGCAGCCUCUGAAGGAAUCGUUUGCCCGGCGAUAUAAGUUCUUAUGGCCCAUGCUCUUGACUGUAAACCUUGCUAUUGGAGCUUAUCUGUUUACGAGGACAAAGAAGCAAGAUGAUGAUCAUGUAAUUGAAGAAGAGGCCACCCCAGAUUCAGCUAAAACUGCUAAUACUGCUAAUACUGCUGCUCCCGUCAUUGAGGAAUCAUUGGCCAGACCAGCCAUUGUGGAGCCUGUGAAGGUAAGAGAACCAAUUCCGGUGGACCAGCAACGCGAACUUUUCAAGUGGAUCUUGGAAGAAAAGCGCAAGAUAAAACCAAAAGAUCGCGAAGAGAAGAAACGCAUCGAUGAAGAGAAAGCCAUUCUCAAACAGUUCAUCCGAGCAAAAUCUGUUCCAAAUGUUUAAGAUGUCCAAAUGAAAGCAAACAUAUUGACUGGUUUACAUUGUUGAUGGAAACUGGAUGUUGUUGAUUGCUUAGUCCUGAAAGGAUUCUGUGUGUUUCAAAUCCAACGUACUUCGUUAGGCCUCGCGGGUAUCGUACAGAAUUUCUGAUACCAAACAGAACCUUCACUAUGAGGGAAAAGAACAGCCAGUAUUUUUGGUGGU